UUUAAAUUGUCCAAAUAAAAAUAUUUUAUUUCCCUCAAUGGUUUCUUUUUCAAAUACUUUUUUUCUUUUCCUUCAUUUUUAGGAGGGUUAUUUCGACGCGCCACUUUUUCGGCGCAGUGCAUUUUCUCCCAUUUGUUUAAAGCUUUAACAAUAAAAAAUGUGGCAGAUUUAGUAAAAAUAUUAGUAAAAUAAUUAGUGAAAUAUUUAGUAAUCAAAUAUUUUUAUUUUUUACUUUUUAUUAUUCUCUCUUCUUUUGGUUUUCAAAUAAAUUCAGCCGAUGAGUGCACAAAAACCAAUAAAUUGUCAGAAUGGUCAAAUAAACUUUGUAGAAAUGACAAAAAAUAUUCCUUCCCCACAGGAAGAAUACCCUCGUUCAUCUCCCUCUUUUGUUCAAAAUGGUCAAAAUAUUCAAAAAACGAAUAAACAACAGACAAUAGUUGAACAAGAUCCACAACCACAGAGGCAAUAUUACCAACUUGUUCAAAUUCCCGCUGAAUCAGCUCAAAUGCUAGGAGUUGACCCUUCCUCUUUUAUAGGCAAUGAAAAAAGCCUUCAACAACAACCUCAACAACAUUAUGUUCUUCAAUUGCCUCAAGGAAUACAAUUGGCUAAUAAUCAAAGUGGUGAAGGAAUAUUAAAUACUUCAAAUAAUAGUAAUGACCAGCACUUUACAUUUCCAUCAGGACAGCAAGCAAUGAUGCCUUUUCAAGUGAUGAGUCUUGGCGACGGAAGUACUGCACUCAUACCAUUGGGCACAUCAAUUACUGGUGGACAGUUUUUUCCAUCUGCUUUAAAUAAUAAUUUUAUUGAAAAUAAUAACAAUGUUCCCACAACUUGUGAUCAACAACAACAACAUACAAUUGUUAAUGUUCCUUCAACUUCUUUUGAUUCAAUUGAGCAAAAUGAAUAUUUUAUAAAUAAUGAAUCUAUAAAUGGCCAAAUAUCAACAGAUCAAAUAGAACCAAUUUAUGUUAAUGAGAAACAAUAUAAUAGAAUUUUAAAGAGAAGAGCUGCUAGAGCUAAACUAGAAAUGGAGGGAAGAAUUCCGAAGGAGAGAAGGAAAUAUUUACACGAGUCAAGACAUAGACAUGCCCAAAACCGAGCAAGAAAAGAAGGUGGAAAAUUUGAUUCAGGUGGUCAACAAAGGGCCGGAUCAUCUGCUUCAGCUGCCAGUUCUUCUGCUCAAUAA